AUGCCUGAAGAUUUUGGCACACCACUGUAUGCUACGAGAUUCAACAACAAGAAGAGGAAACAAAAAGCAAUGGACGCACACGAGAUCCUCGGUGAGAAGAGGAACAUGGAGAAGACGAAAGAGACCAAGGAACACAACAAGAAGAGGAGGUUGGAGAGCCUCGGAGACUGCACCAGCCACAAGAAGACGCACACUGAAAGCUGUGAAGAGGUAAAGCAUCGCACCAAAACAAGGAAGGGGGGAGAUGAGAGCCACGAGAGUAAGAUGGAUUGUGAGCAAGAGGUUGAGAAACACAGUAAGAAGAGGAAGAGUCAGGACACAGAGGAGCAUGACAGCCAGGCCAAGAGGAGGAAGUGGCAGGACACAGAGGAGCAUGACAACCAGGCCAAGAAGAGGAAGUGGCAGGGCACAGAGGAGCAUGACAACCAGGCCAAGAGAAGGAAGAGGCAGGAAACAGAAGAGCAUGACAACCAGACUAAGAAGAAGAAGAGGCAGGACACAGAAGAACAUGAGAACCAGGCCAAGAAGAAGAAGAAGAGUCAGGACACAGAAGAGCAUGAUAACCAGGCCAAGAGGAGGAAGAGGCAGGACACGGGUGACCACAAGAAGCAGGUAAAGAAGAGCAAGGGGAAGGGAAGGAAAGAACGAAAGAAGUCAGGGAAGAUGGACAGCGAUGACGUGCUGAGGCUGAAAGUGGACGCCGAGAGAGUCAACAAGGAGGAGAGGGAUAUGAGAAAGUACUGCCAUAUUCAUAUUGAGAAAGGAAGCAAGGUGGAUGCGACCGUGCGCGGCACACCGUGUGUUGUCGUGCUUGACACCGGCGCCUCGAUCAGUGCCAUGAACCUGUCACUGGCCCAGAGUUUGGGCCUCGUCACAGGGCGCGAGGAAACUGUGAAGAAACGCCUGGAGACCUGGAAUGGCAAGCUGGACGUGGACGUGAUCAAACUGGGCGUGGUGGUGGUGGAGCUGAAGGGCGGCGUGUCGGUCAACGCGCCCAUAUUGGUGCUUGUACGGGGGAUGAAAUUCAAGGGGUCUGCCAGACACGCAAUAGUUCUCUCCAUGAGCCUCCUGCAGGAGGCCAAGAUGCGGCAGCAGUUCCAUCUGGACGACAGCAGCAGCCUGUUCCUGCGUCACCCUGAACGUCUGCGGCGGAGAUAA